GCUCGGGAGCGCGCACGGUCACGGAGGUGAGGACGGAGACGCGCGGCACCUGCGAGUGCGCGUUUAAAUCUCGGCGAGAAGUGCGGAGACAACAGAGAGAGAGACGUGGGUCGCGCCAGGGCUGAUCAGGAUGAGGCGGGUGUGAGCGAGCCCCAGAACCCCAGAACCCCAGAACGCCCUCUUCUGCCACCAUGAGUGGGAAGAGUCUCCUGCUGAAGGUCAUCCUGCUGGGCGACGGCGGUGUGGGCAAGAGCUCCCUGAUGAACCGCUACGUGACGGACCGCUUCGACUCGCAGUCCUUCCACACCAUCGGCGUGGAGUUCCUGAACCGCGACCUGGAGGUGGACGGGCGCUUCGUCACGCUGCAGAUCUGGGACACGGCGGGCCAGGAGCGCUUCAAGAGCCUGCGCACGCCCUUCUACCGCGGCGCCGACUGCUGCCUCCUCACCUUCGCCCUGGACGACGCGCAGAGCUUCCGCAACCUGGGCUGCUGGAAGAAGGAGUUCGUCUUCUACUCCGACGUGCGCGACGCCGAGCGCUUCCCCUUCGUGGUGCUGGGCAACAAGGUGGACAAGGAGGACCGGCAGGUGAGCGAGGAGGAGGCGCGGGCCUGGUGUCAGGAGAACGGCGGCUGCCCAUACUUCGAGACCAGCGCCAAGGACGACACCAACGUGGGCGAGGCCUUCGAGGCGGCCGUGCGGCAGGUGCUGGCCGCCGAGGAGCAGCUGGACCACUCUCUGCUGGGCAGCGCCAUCGAUCUCCAUGGCAACCGCAAGCCCACCCGCACCUCCUGCUGUUAAGCCCCCCAACCUCUCCCACACCCACCCCACCCGGCCCCAGGCCUUAGGCCCCAUUUCCCUCCCUCUCCAAAAGCCCUUCGUGCCCCUAGCAGUCACGUGAAAAAUGCCAUGGAGAGACACCCGUGGGUCAGCUGUCAUAGGAGGGAAACCACAAAAAAUGGGAGCUGCUCCAUUUGCUCCGUCCUUCAUCCCUUCCUCAGAGGGCUCCUUCUCGUCCAUGCUGUUUGGACCCAGGGCCAGUAGCUCCACAAAGCCUGGGGCUUUCAGUUUCUGGAUCACUUGUGGUUUGUCUCCGUUGGAGUGGGAGUGGGAGCUGGCGUUGGAGAGGCAGGCCAGGCCCCGUUCCCUUUGGAGGGGUCCUGAGAAAGCUUCCCUCGCGGUCCCCGUUCAGGGGUCUCCCUUUAGAAAACACCCCCCUGCCAAAACACCAGAGCCCUGCCAUCUCUGUGUCGUGUCCUGUUGAAGCCGAGACGUAACGUGCCCACCCCAGAGUGGGAAUAGAUCCGAGCCUGUGUGUGCGUGUGUGAAUCCUGCCAUCGAGACAAACGGGGCUGGGGAGAAUUGAGCUGUGUUUUUGUACUACUGCUUGAUCUUUAUAUCUCUUUUGUUUCGUGUUGCUUCAGCUCAUUUCCAGAUGCACUAAAGUGCGGAGCUUACAAAAUGCUGCUGGGAUUUGGGAUAGUUGUGAAAAACGUUCAGGGCUGGUGAAAACUUUCUAAAAGAAGGGACGUUUUUUUUUUUCCAUUUUUAAAAAGGGAUACAGAGUUUUUGCCUUUGUACGGUACGUUACUUUUCUGUGUUUAAUUUAUUGUGAGGAUGGGUUACGAACAGCCCCAGUUGUUUUGUGUUUUUGUUAUUUUAAGAACAAAUUAUUUUUAAAACUUGCUGCUGUGCUUUUAUACUCUGCUAACUAGACUUUGUAAACCGGAGUAAGUGCUCUUCUGGAUGGCCAGAGCUUCUGUCAGGGAUGGAACAGGCCGUGCUGUGUAGAACAAGCCAGAACUUUCAUCGGCCUUCACAAACGCACAGGGCUCUCGUCUGGUGGGGGGGCAGUCUCCACCACUGCCAUUAACUUGGCAGAUAUUCCCUGGCGGUCUUUGUCCUCUCUCAUGUCCAUUCCUAUGCACAAUUUCCUCCCUUUACUCUUCCUUUCUUGGCAUUCAGUGGAAAACAAACAAACCAGUUUCUCCUCUCCUUCAGACCUGCGUCAGUUUCCAGUCUAGACCUAUCCUUGUAAACUUUUGCUCUUCCUGUUAGAAAAUGGUGAGCAACUGUGGUUUUGAAGCAAAAUGCUGUUCAUACCCCCCCCGCCCCGUGGACAGUUAUCCCUGUCGACCCAAAAGUGAAACUGGUGGAUCUGCUUCCUGUAUGCCGAUUCUGCUCUAUGACCACCUAGGGUGAUGCCAUCUUUGACUUCCUCCGGUGCCACCAGCUGCAGGGGUGCAGAACACAGCCGCCUGGCACUGGCAUCGCCGCAGGCUGUGCACAAAGUCUGAGAAGCUUUCCAGGGCUUCAGGAUUUGCGUUUUCUGCUGCACUAGGUGUAUCAUACCCUUGUUCCUUUCUGAAAAGAAACCAACUUGCUGGGGCCUGAUUUAAAAUGCUUUUUUUUAAGUAAGGAAAGACAGAGGCUUUCAAAGCGGGGGUGGUUUCAGUAUAUAGCCAUCUGGCC